UCCACGGGCCGUCAGUCAUCAUGGUGCGGGCCUGGGUGCUCGCCCUCGCCUUGCUGGCCCUAGGGCUCGCCGUCGUGGCCAAGCAACGAGGGAACUCCCACCGAAGGGACUUCUUCAACUUCACAAUCGUGGGGCUUUUCCACCCUGAGCAGAAUCAGCAGGAGUUUGCGUUCCACAGCGCCAUCGAGGCAGUCAACAUGGACAGUAGAGUAAUUCCCCACACAACUCUUGUGCCACGAGUCGAGUAUUUUUCACACUUUGAUAGCUUCAACACCAGCAAACGAGUGUGCAGCCUGCUGGAGGAAGGGGUCGGAGCGAUCUUUGGUCCUCAGUCUGUUGGCACCACUGGUAUAGUCAGGUCUAUCUGUGACAAUAUGGAGAUCCCUCACAUUGACUUACGGUGGGACAUAUCUAACAAACCUGCUGGCUGCGUCAUCAAUCUCUACCCUGACUCCAAGCUGUUGGCGAUGGCUUUGAUCAACGCUAUUCAAGACAUGGACUGGAAGUCUUACACGAUUCUCUACGAGGACUACGACAGUCUUAUUCGACUUCAGGAAGUUUUUAAAGCUCACGAAGGUCUUUCUCACUUGGAGGGAUAUCCUCCAUUCACAGUCAGACCACUACCGACAGAGGAUGAUGAUUACAGGCCUUUGCUCAAGGAAAUCAAAACUGCUGGAGAGUCACACAUAGUUUUGGAUUGUCCUACAGAAAAAAUCAUGACAAUUUUGACACAAGCCAAUGAAGUGAAACUGAUGGGAGAAUACUUGAGCAUUAUCAUAACUUCUCUGGAUGCCCAUACUAUAGACUAUGGAGACUUUAAGAACGAUCGUACCAACAUAACAGCUCUGAGGCUGAUAGACCCGGUUUCUCCUGCUGUGUUGGCAACACUACAUGAUUGGGAGUAUGAGGCGCACCGCAAACACCAGACUUUCAACUUUACCGCAACGGAUCUUAAGAUAGAGUCGGCACUCAUGUACGACGCAGUGAAGCUCUUCUCUCUUGCACUUGAAAAGUCCGGAGAAAGAGUGAUUCCGGAGCCUCUGGAUUGCCACUCUGGACGCAAGUGGGCUCAUGGGCACGGCAUCAUCAACUUUAUGAAACAUAUGGAGUAUGAAGGAAUGACUGGUCCCAUGAGAUUUGACAAGGAGACAGGCCACAGGAUAUUCUUCCGUCUGGAGAUCAUAGAGUUGGCGAAGGAGGGAUUCAAGAAGAUCGGAACUUGGGACCCAGAGCACGGCAUCAACUACACCAGAACAGUCAGUCAGAUGUACAGCGACAUAGUGCAGAGUAUCACCACCAAGGAGUUCGUCGUCUCCUCCAGAAUUGGACGUCCGUACUUGGAGUACGCCCCAGACUGGGAGAACAAAGUGGGAAAUGAGAGAUACGAGGGGUACUCCAUGGACCUGAUAGACGCCAUCGCCAAAGAUCUUGGCUUCAAGUACCGCUUUGAGCUAGUGGCCGAUGGACAGUACGGCUCUCUCAACAAGGAGACUAAGCAGUGGAAUGGCCUCAUCCGAGAACUGCGGGAAAAGAGAGCAGAUUUGGCCAUUUGUGAUCUGACCAUCACCUUCGACCGCAGGAGUGCUGUGGACUUCACCAUGCCCUUCAUGACCCUAGGUAUCAGUAUUUUGUACAAGAAGCCAGAGAAGCAGGAUGUGGACUUGUUCUCCUUCUUGUCUCCUCUCGCCUUCAACGUAUGGAUCACCAUGGCAACUGCCUACCUCGGGAUAUCCCUGCUACUCUACAUUCUUUCAAGGAUCACACCUUCAGAGUGGAAAAACCCCCACCCCUGCAAGGAGAGUCCUGAAUUCCUUGAAAACACUUUGACAAUGAACAAUUUAAUAUGGCACAACUGCGGAUCCCUAAUGCAGCAAGGUUCGGACAUUGCCCCCCAAGCGGUGUCCACCCGCAUCGUGGCUGGAAUGUGGUGGUUCUUCACUCUCAUCAUGAUCUCCUCCUACACGGCCAACCUUGCUGCCUUCAUCACUCAACAGAAGAUGGACAACACUAUAGACAGUGCAGAGGACUUGGCCAACCAGAACAAAGUCAAGUACGGUGUCAUGUGGGGAGGAUCCAGCGCCAACUUCUUCAGGGACAGCAACGACAGCCUCUACCAGAAGAUGUGGAGUGUGAUGCAGUCCUCGACUCCCUCGGUGUUUGUCAAGGACAACAACGAAGGCGUCGACCGUGUGAGGAAGGCCAAGAACAGAGGGUAUGCUUUCUUCAUGGAGUCCACAACGAUAGAGUUCCAGAUGGAGCAAUAUUGCGACCUCAUGCAGAUUGGCAGCACCCUUGACUCCAAAGGAUACGGCAUUGCGAUGCCUUCGGAUUCACCUUAUCGCACUGCAAUCAGUGGAUCUGUACUGAAACUUCAGGAGUCAGGGAAGUUGAGGGAUUUGAAAAAGAAAUGGUGGAGUGCCUGGAAACCAAACAACACAAACUGUGAUAAGUUCCUGUCAUCUUCAACACCAAGCAAUGAGUUUGACAUGGAGAACGUGGGAGGAGUGUUCAUAGUUUUGUUGGGAGGCUGUGCUCUGUCCUUCAUCGUGGCAAUACUCGAGUUCCUUUGGAAUGUCCGGAAAGUCGCUGUCAAUGAAAAGAUAUCUCCAUGGGAAGCCUUCAUGCUGGAGCUCAAGUUUGCCAUCAGGUGUCACGGGACUACCAAACCUGUACGACUUGUUCCCUCAGGAUCCCCCAAGGACAGCCUCCAGGGCUCCUUCCUACAGCUGGACAUGUUCCCUAACAAGUCCCACCAGAGGACCCCGGCCCGGAUGACUGACUGGACCCCAGAUCUGGACCUUCCGGGGAAAUGACCUUCGAUGUUGUAGAGAAAUGAAGUUGUACCAGAAGGCAGAUGUGAUGUCAAUUGAAAAAAGUCUGUACAAACAAGGCAAAAUGUUAUGUUUGGAAUGUGACUUUUGGCCAAUUAUAGAGGAUACUUUUCAUCAUAUGAGGCAAAUUACUACGCCAAUUCAAAACAAUAUUUUAAAUUGUAUGUUCAUGAGUCAAAACUGAAUAAUUUUUAAUAUAAUUUUUCCCAGCUAUAAAACAUUAAACCAAUAUUGUUUUUUUCUUUGAGAAAAGUGAUAUCCUGUUGAUCAUAUGAAGGAAUAUCAAGAGUUUAGAAAAUACAGUCUUAGAUAGCACUCAGAUAGGACUCAGUUGAUUCUUGAUUUUUUUUAUGUUUGAAUCAUUAUGUUUCAGUUAGGUAUCAUUUAUGUGUGUUAAGUUUCACAUCAUCAGGAUAACCUCCUUCCAUACAGGGUACAAAUUGUUACUUUAAUUUACAUGUUCCUUGGAAGAUGUAAAAUUGCAAGAUGUAAAAUUCUAGUGAAAUUUAAAACAAAAUAUUUAAACAGUUGUUUUUUAUAUCUGUAUCAAAAAGCAUUACUUACUUACUGCCAAGGACUUUUGUACCCUAUUUGGUACUUGGCCCUCGCCAACACGUUGUCGCCAUCAGGUUCUCUCGGUCCACUGAAUCUUCCUCUACUUCCAUAUCUUUCCUGACUUGAUCCCACCACCUGGCCUUUGGUCUUCCUGGUGGUCUCCUUCCCCUUGGAUCUCCCCUUAGUACCUUCUUCAACAAGCUCUCCUCAUUUCUCCGCAAGAUAUGACCGACCCACCUUAGCCUUUUGCUUUUGGCCUCUCCUACAAUAUUGGGGUCUCGGAAUAAUUCUCUUAACUCUUGGUUGUGGCGGAUUCUCCAUACUCUAUCUUCACACACUGGACCAUAGCUCUUAGAACUUAAUUCUCAAAGGUUAUAAUCUUCUUUUCCGUAUUUUUGCUCAGGGUCCAGAUUUUGAUUCUAUAUAAAAGUACUAGUCUAAUUAUUGUUUUGUAGAUUAUAAUUUUUGUUUUCUUUGAAAACUGCUUUGAUUUAAUUAGGUUUCCUCAUGCAUUCCAAAAAAGCAUUACAAUAAAUACAUUUUUACCUUGAUAAUUUUUAAUUCUAAAGGCAAACACAAUUGAUUAAUCUUUUUCUGUUAGCUUCAAAAUGUUUCUGUUUUCCAGCAGACACUAAUU